CGACGUUGGCCGGCUGCGCAGGGCGCCGCUGCGGGCUCUUCGGCCACCACUUUACGCGUUCCGCUCGCCUCCAGGUUGCCAGUCUCGUCUCUUCUCGCCGUAGGCCGUGACGACAUGAGCGGCAAAGAAGGUUCAGGAGGGUUCAGGAAAAGGAAGCAUGACAAUUUCCCACAUAACCAAAGAAGAGAAGGGAAGGAUCUUAAUUCAUCUUCACCUGUGAUGUUGGCCUUCAAAUCAUUUCAGCAGGAACUUGAUGCAAGACAUGAUAAAUAUGAGAGACUUGUGAAACUUAGUCGGGAUAUCACUGUCGAAAGUAAAAGAACAAUUUUUCUUCUCCAUAGGAUUACAAGUGCUCCUGAUAUGGAAGAAAUAUUGACUGAAUCAGAAAUUAAAUUGGAUGGUGUCAGACAAAAGAUACUGCAAGUGGCCCAAGAGCUCUCUGGAGAGGACAUGCAUCAGUUCCAUAGAGCUAUCACGACAGGACUGCAGGAAUACGUGGAGGCUGUCUCUUUUCAACACUUCAUCAAAACACGAUCACUCAUCAGCAUGGAUGAAAUUAACAAACAAUUGAUAUUUUCAACAGAAGAAAAUGGGAAAGAAAAUAAGACUCCCCCCUCUGAUGCACAGGAUAAGCAGUGUGGUACCUGGAGCCUGAAACUCACACCUGUUGAUUACCUUCUGGGAGUGGCUGAUUUAACUGGAGAGUUGAUGCGGAUGUGUAUUAACAGUGUCGGGAAUGGGGACAUUGACACCCCCUUUGAAGUGAGCCAGUUUUUACGUCAGGUUUAUGAUGGGUUUUCAUUCAUUGGCAAUACUGGACCUUAUGAGGUUUCCAAGAAGUUGUAUACCUUGAAACAAAGUCUGGCCAAAGUGGAGAAUGCUUGUUAUGCCUUGAAAGUCAGAGGUUCAGAAAUUCCCAAACAUAUGCUAGCAGAUGUCUUUUCAGUUAAAACAGAAAUGAUUGAUCAAGAAGAGGGCAUUUCUUAGAACCUUACUCAGUUGUUAUUCUCUUAACUCAUAAGAGAGACCAAUUUGUAAGACUGUUAUUUAGUAUAUCAUUUGACUUUGUGGCUUUUACAUAGAAAUGUUUUCAGUUGUAUUUGUUUAAUUGUAUACAGGCUGUACAUAAAAUUACAGAAAUGAAUCAUUUCUUAUAUCUUGUGAAAAUUUGCAUACAAAUGUUUGCAUAUAGGCCUGUUUGAACUUUUGCUGGCUCAACUUCAUCAUUUAUCUUUGUAAAUGUGAACAUGCUUCAGAGUGCACUUUCUGCCAUACCUGUGUUGAUUUACUUUGUGUGAAUUUUGGAGUGGUAGUAUUUAGUGGAAGCCAUUUAUAAUUUAAGGUGAUGAUUUCAUUAUAUGUAGAAAAGGUUUUAGUUUUACAUCUGGACUUGAGCUUCCUGUUCAAAUUUCUUGGUAAUCUUGUGCCAAGCCUCCAAAAUAGGCUUAUUCCAUAGAACAAGGAUUAAAAAUUAAGUUAUCAGUAUACUUUAAUUUUAUGAGAUGUUGUAGUGAGAAAUCAUAUUAUAGUCUGGCUAAAUUAGGCCAUUUUGAAUCCAUAUGAAAUAGCCUUCCAGAAAAAUUGACCAAUACCCCUGAUGUUAGUUUCUGUAUUUAAAUUUUUGUCCCAUCACAGAUCUGAUAGAGAGUUGGCACUAACAUUGUAAUAUUUUCCCUGGUGUUUGAGUUUAAUUAUACACUUGCACAUACAACUGAAAAGCUAGUAGUGAUUUUUGUUUUUGUUGUCAUUAUAUUUCACUAGGCAUGUUUGGAGGCUUUCCUAGUCUAACACCUAUAAGAAAUUACAUAUAAAUAAUUAUAAUGAAAUUUUGAAAGUUUUGAAGUAUAAAGUUAAUCCAAAUCUUUAUAGUUGUUCAGUUGUGUUAAUUGAUAGUAUAAAAAGUUGCCAAAGAAGAGUUAUCACGUACAAUUCAGCAAUAAGACAAUUGUCAACACAGUUGGGAAUAACAAGUAGUAUCACUAGUCAUAGAAGUAGUCUCACUAGUAAUAUUUAGAAUUGGAAUUUGCCUAUUAAAAUUAGUAAUAGAUUAUUCCCUAUGAUGUGAAACUGACUUGAGCAUGCCACUGUUGGCUGACAAACUAGACGUUUCCAUGGGGUUUUGUGAGUUUUGAAAUCUAGAUACCGGAUUUUAUUUUUGGAAAGAGUAGCAGCUCUGUUUGCAAGGGCUUUUACUUGAAAGUGUAAUUUUCCAAAAAAUAUCACCUAAAGGAAAAUAAAAUAUAUACAUGCCUAAUAGAUUAGGUUUGUUUGUCUGGUGGUAGUAAGAUUUUUUUGGUUUCACAGCUGAAAUACAGUCUUAUUACAUAUUUUUCUUUCCUCUGCCACUUGAAGUUAAAUUUAUAAUGUUAAAAAUAAAAUAAAUAACUAUG